AUGCCUGCUCAGAUUUCCUUGUUAGAAUUGCUUAUGCAUUCUACCUCUCACAGAAAGUUGUUGAUGAAGGUACUCAGUGAGGCUCAUGUUGAGCAAGGUAUUUCGUUGAACAAGUUUGAGGGCAUUCUUGGCAACAUCAUCGCUAAUAAUUACCUUACCUUUACUGAUGAGGAGAUACACACUGAGGGGAGAGGUCAUAACAAGGCUCUUCAUGUCUCUGUGAAAUGUUUAGAUCACGUUAUAGCGCGUGUCUUGGUGGACAACGGCUCCUCUCUGAACGUCAUGCCAAAAACGACAUUGGAUAAGCUACCCUGUGAUGGAAUGAAUAUGAAGCCAAGCUCUAUGAUUGUGAGAGCUUUUGACGGCAGUAAGAGGGUAGUGAUGGGAGAAGUUGAAUUGUCAGUCCAAGUCGGUCCUUGUGUCUUUCAAGUGACAUUCCAAGUUAUGGAUAUCCUCCCGGCUUAUAGCUGUUUGUUGGGUCGCCCGUGGAUCCAUUCUGCAGGAGUUGUGCCUUCCACACUACACCAAAAGCUGAAAUAUGUUAUGGGAGAUAAGCUGGUGAUAGUAUCAGGAGAGGAGGACCUCCUUGUGAGCGGACCAUCGUCCACGCGAUAUAUUGAGGUGGCUGAGGAAGCUCUUGAAACAGCCUUCCAGUCAUUGGAGAUUGUGGGAAAUGCCUAUGUGGAGCCAUUCCUAGUAAGCCCGCAUUUGUCACGUGCUUCUAUCAUGAUGGCCAAGGUCUUGCUGAAAGAGGAGUAUAUACCUGGUAGAGGUUUAGGCAAGCAUGGGCAGGGGCGAACUUUCCCCCUAAAGUUCGUUGAGAAUAGAAAUCGGUAUGGCCUAGGGUACAAGCCCACCAAAGAGGACAAGAGAAGGCUGAUGGAAGAAAGGAGAGAGCGCGGUCUGGCUCGUGUAGAAAAGCGUGAACCCAGGGUGGAAAAGAUUGGUAUUCGUGACAUCAAGGAGAGCUUUCGUAGUGCUGGAUGGAUCAACGCGGGCCAUAUAGCCGCCGUGGAGGAUGAAGAUAGCUCUGAAUGCUCAAAUUUCGUGCGGGCCUGCUCACCAGCUGCACCACUCAACAAUUGGGAAACUUUGAGUUUACCCGUGAUGCUUAAUUUGAAUAAAAUAUAUGACAAUGAAAGUUUUGAAAAUAACAAUGUCGAUAUUCCUAAUUUUGAGCACCCUGUCGAUAAUACGGAAGAUGAUUAUGAAGAUGAUCCGGAACCCUCUCCAGAGCUCUUGAGAUUAGUGGAACAAGAGUCUAAAGAGAUAAAACCCCAUCAAGAGGAUGUUGAAGUACUCAACUUGGGAGAGGAAGGAGAGAUAAAGGAAGUAAAAAUCGGUACUGGCAUGAAAAAGGAAGUGAGGGAAGGGUUGCGAGCCCUAUUAAAGGAGUUUAAGGAUGUGUUCGCUUGGUCUUACAAUGACAUGCCAGGGUUGGAUACCGAUAUUGUGCAACACAAGCUCCCACUUAAACCGGAAUACCUUCCAGUCAAGCAAAGACUAAGAAGAAUGAAACCAGAAAUGUCAUUGAAAAUUAAGGAAGAGGUACAGAAACAAUUCGACGCAAGAUUUCUGGCUGUGGCGAAAUACCCACAAUGGGUAGCAAAUAUUGUACUAGUGCCUAAGAAAGAUGGGAAAGUUCGAAUGUGCGUUGACUAUCGUGAUUUGAAUCAUGCAAGUCCGAAGGAUAACUUCCCGUUACCACACAUCGACACUUUGGUUGAUAAUACGGCCAAGUACUCGUUAUUUUCGUUCAUGGAUGGUUUCUCGGGGUAUAAUCAGAUUAAGAUGGCGCCUGAGGACAUGGAAAAGAUGACCUUCAUCACGUUGUGGGGGACUUUUUGUUAUAAGGUGAUGUCUUUCGGGCUCAAGAAUGCCGGGGCAACAUAUCAAAGGGCGAUGGUGACACUUUUUCAUGAUAUGAUGCACAAGGAGAUCGAAGUUUAUGUGGAUGACAUGAUUGCAAAGUCUGAAUCGGAAGAAGAACACAUCCUCAACUUGAAGAAAUUAUUUGAGAGAUUGAGAAAAUAUAAACUCAGGUUAAACCCCGCCAAAUUCACAUUUGGAGUGAAAUCCGGGAAGUUGUUGGGUUUUGUGGUUAGCCAAAAGGGGAUAGAAGUGGAUCCUGACAAAGUGCGAGCGAUAUCAGAAAUGCCUACGCCUAGCACGGAGAAGGAGGUUCGCGGUUUUCUAGGUAGAUUGAACUACAUUGCUAGAUUCAUCUCCCAAUUAACCGCUACCUGUGAACCAAUGUUCAAGUUGCUACGAAAGAAUCAGGUUAUGGUUUGGAACGAGGAUUGUGAAGCCGCUUUUGAAAAAAUCAAACAGUACCUGCAAGACCCACCUGUAUUGCGUCCACCCGAGCCAGGAAGACCACUCAUUUUGUAUUUAACUGUAUUGGAAAGGUCAAUGGGUUGUGUAUUGGGUCAACAUGAUGAAGCUGGAAAAAGGGAGCAUGCAAUAUAUUACUUGAGCAAGAAAUUCACAGACUGCGAACAAUGA